AUGACAACUCCCAAAUUACUUACUUUCAAUAUCAGCCCGUCGACGCUGCUUGAUGUUGCGACGGAGUUGGUCAGUCAAGUUCAGCAAGCUUCGAAUGACCUAGUCAACCGGGUUACACCCCGAAACGCGACAUUUGAAAACGCGCUUCUCCCGCUGGCUGAUAUUGAUAACGAGGUCAAGGGAAAGGUUCAGUACCUAGCCCUUUUCCAGGCAGUUGCUCCGUCUCCAGUAAUGCGGAAAGCAUCCUCAACGGCUGUGAAUAUGGUAGACAAAGCAUAUUUGAGUAUUUUCCAAAUGCGGUCUCUUUUUGCCUUGAUCAAUAGUGUCUAUAAAAGGCACACCGAGGAAAAUUUAGACAGUGAAGAUCAAAAGCUCCUCGAAAGGUUUCACUCAAUGUUCAUGGAAAAUGGGCUGGAACUAGAAGGAGAUAAGCGGGACAGAUUUCUUUGGAUUUCAAAUCGGCUGAUUGAGCUCAGAGUUGCUUUUAUGGAAAAUCUCAGUUCUGACCCUGGCUAUGUGUGGAAAGAUCUCCACGAGUUAGAGGGGAUGGCUAUAGAAAAUCUACGUUCUUCAACUGGCCAAAGGGGCAUCAAGCUUAAGAAGCCGGAUAUCACGUUGGCAUUGACUCGGUGCCACAUCGCUGAGACAAGAAGAGAGGUAUUUCUCCGGAGUCAAAAUAUAUUCCCCGAUAAUCUGGAAAUUUUCAAUGAGGCAGUUAUCCUUCGGGAUGAAUCAGCCCGUUUGCUUGGAUUCUCAUCUUUUGCAGCUCAGAAAUCGAGACACAAGAUGAUUGAAUCUGCUCACGAUGUUGAUCAGUUACUGGAUGGGCUUUGUAAUCACUUACAGCCCCUUGCGCAGAUGGAGUUGAAGAUAUUACAGCACCUUAAAAUGGAGGAUGGAGAAAAUGAAGAGCAUUCAUCGUCUCUUUUCCUGUGGGACUUUGACUAUUACCAUGACCGCUUGCUACGAGAAAAGUACAAUACCAAUCAUGAGCUGAUUGCCGAGUACUUUCCCGCAGAGAUUACAAUUCAACGAAUGCUCAAGGUCUUUGAAACAAUCUUCAGCCUAUCAAUCGCUCCCCUUGAUGUCACCAAGGAGCAAGUCUGGCAUUCCGACGUCCGGGUCUUUGGUGUGCGUGACGAAGACUCGGACUUCCUGGGAUUUCUUUAUCUUGAUAUCUACCCUCGAAACGGGAAGUACAAUCAUGCAGCCAAUUUUAACAUAUAUCCCGCUUACACCUCCAUGGGAGAGCAGAAUCAGCCGGUUGCCACCGCAUUAGUAUGCAAUGUCUCCCAGCCUUCGUCAGAUAAGCCGGCUCUUCUCCAACAUCGAGAAUUAAUCACUAUCUUCCAUGAGUUGGGUCAUGGCAUACAUGAUCUUCUCGGAAGAUCCAAAUAUGCGAUCUUCCACGGACAUCGAACGGUUGCAGAUUUUGUUGAAGCUCCUAGCCAAUUGCUCGAGUAUUGGUGUUGGGUCCCUGAAUGUCUCCAGCUGCUUAGUUGCCACUAUUCCUACAUCUCCGAUGAAAAAUGGCCUUCUAUCACCGCGCAACCUCCAAAGGAGAUUCCAGAAGAUUUGGUCCAUAGCCUUAUUGCCGCUAAAAGGGUUAAUCAGGGAAUUCUCACUCUCAGGCAAAUUGCGUUCAGCAAAUUCGAUAUGCAGAUCCACUGUCCUAGUUCCCACUCUCUCAUCGAGUCAAUGCAUAUUGGCGAUGUGUACAACUCGCUCCUACAGAAAAUGACAAAUCUACGGGGCCCCGAUGAUAGGGUAGACUGGGGGAAUGGACAUGUUACUACUUCGCACUAUAUGUGGGGUCAAGAAGCAAACUAUUAUUCCUAUCUCUACACCCGUAUAUUGGCGGCAGACAUUUGGCUUUCUAAUUUUCAGUCGAAUCCAAUGAGCAGAGAUGCUGGUCUCCGAUACCGAAAGAUGAUACUAGCACCUGGAGGAAGUCAAAAUGAAAUGGUCGCUCUGGAGAGAUUUUUGGGAAGACCGCCCGUACUUGACGCAUAUCUCCGAGAUCUCGGUGCCCGUGAAUAA